AUGGCUGGAACGAUCCUUAACAUGGAUCCGCCGAGUUCAGCGGACAAUAGCCGGCACAGACUACCCACACAGUCUGCCGCCGCUGCGCUAGCUACACAGCUUGAUCAAGGGUAUGGAAGCUUUGCAACUGGGAGCGAAGCUCUUGACAAUUCAUGGGGAGGCGCCGGGCUCGAAAGAGGCAAAUUGGUAGAAAUCUGUGGCCCUCCAGGCUCCGGAAAGACCACGAUCGCAGUACAGCUAGUAGUGGAUGCGGUCUCUAAGGGUGAACAGGUUUGCUGGAUAGAUACUUUAUCACAAUGUCCAACCUCACGACUUGAAGGUAUCCUAAUGGAACGGGAUCUGGCGUCCAAGGCGUCAUCAAUCCUUCGGUACCAGAUCACGUCUCUGGCUCACUUUUUCGCCAUCAUAUCCCAUCUAACAAAGAUUUCCCUUGAAAUAUCACUGGUUAUUAUCGACGGCAUAUCAUUGCUGUUUACGAAAGAAUUCCCCCCAGCAGCAUCGGAUGCGCCACAAUUUCAGAACUUACCAAACAGAGGUCACGAGAAACAAAUAGACAAGCGUGGGAGACUUGUAGCAGAUAUCGCGAAUCAACUCCAGCGUUUCUCCGCAUCUAGGAUGGCAGCUGUUGUUGUUUUAAACCAGCUAGCGACAAAGGCCGCAAGGGGAGGAGGCCCUCUGGAGCUGGCGCCAUCCGUCCAUUCCGCAACCCAUAGCUGGGCUCAUGCGUUCCACCAUAGGAUAUUGCUCCUGAGAAAGCAUAUACCGAAAACGGAUCCGCGGGCGGAUAAGAGACAUCUGCGAUUUAUUUUCGUGCUCAAGUCGUCCGGGGUGGAUAUACAAAACACAAAUCUAAGCCGGCCAGACCAGUUCUUUGUGAUUAGAGUUACCAAAAAUGGUGUCGAAGAUGAGAAACAACGGAUUUUCGAGGCACUGACUGGUGCAAUUUCAAUGGCCGAAUCGUUUGCUACAUCGGGAGGGAACUCGGAAGAACACUACGGUAUCGGGUUCUCAGACAGCGACGAAGAACCAGAAGUAACUCCCUUGCCUGGAGGGUACCUGAAACGGAAACGUAGCAGUGAUACGGCUAGCGACUCGGAGUCUCAUGGGAAUUCAGGCGCCAAUGUCACAAACAGCGUCCCAGGAGAAAAACUCGAUGAUGAUUAUUCAUCAGAUACGGUUGAUUUGGUGCCUGUCCCAGAAGUUUUGGCUGGAUCCGGUACAGAAUCGUUCCCGAUAUUGAGCCAGGCGCGAGACAGUGGUUUUUACGGAGAAGCUAUGGAAAGUUCUGAAGCAAAAACGUUGAAACCGGUAAUUCCCCAGACGUUCGGUCGAACCAUCGUGCCUGACUCGGACGGUGAAAGCGACGAUGACGUACUGUAA